AUAUACUAGAUCUUUGUCAUCCUGUUCUUCAAUGGACUAUAAUACUUGUAGAGCUUUUCAGUGUCGGUAACUACCCCUUGAUUAUUCGAGACCCUGCUAUUCUUUGCAACGCAUCAUGAUCUUACCUUGCGGACUAGAUUUGUUGCCCUCAAACUUCAAACAAGUAUGCCUUUGUUUCAAUGAAUUUCUCGAAGUCUUUCGCCAUUUUUUUUUCUGCUUCGAGCGAAUUGGAUAUUUUUGGCACGCAGCAGCCGUCAAAGGACAACAACAAUCGAUUGAAAAAAUCAGGUCUUCUCGACCCAAAAGCUUCUAGUGUCUUGCCAUUUUUUUUAAAAAAACUUUAUUUGUU